CAAUUGAUACGGGGGAUACGUAAAUUUUGCGCACUAAAAAUUCCUCGCCGAGUUUUCGAGACGGUUUUAAAAAUGUUGGCAUUUGCGACAAGGCAUUUAAGAAUAUUAAGUAAAAUAAAUAAUGGCACAAAAAUUGCAACUUUUUCCACUCUUCAACCAUCACUUUCACGAAUGACUUUUGUCAAAUCAACACAAAAAUACUCUUUCUGUACAAAACCAACCGGUCCUAAAAUCACAGGUAGUCUAACAAAUAUACAAUCAAGUACAACACCAAUAGAAGCAAAACCAAUAAUAGAACAAAAUCAAGGCAAUGAAAAAAAUGAAGAUUCGGAUAAAACGAAUGAGGAGAAAAAAGAUAAAUCUUAUUCUCAAUUUACAAAAUUUUGCAUGGCUUUUUGUGGUAUAUCCAUGGGAACAAUGGGUUCGUAUUUAGUUUAUGAAAUGGCAAGACCAAAAUACGAUGAACAUGGGAAUAUAAUUGAGGAUGAAUUCACAAAUUUACCAUAUCCAGAGCAAAUGUUUAAAAGAUUAUUAAGUGAACUGAAUUACUAUAAAAAGCUCGUUCAGGAACCAAGCAGAGAUAAAUUACUUCCUGAUCCUUUAAAAUAUCCAUACAUUCAGCCUCAAUAUACUGUAGUUUUAGAAUUAAUAGAUUUACUAGUUCAUCCAGAUUGGACGUAUCACACUGGAUGGAGAUUUAAAAAACGACCGGGAGUUGACAAAUUUUUGGAAGCAAUUGCUCCACCUCAAUUUGAAAUUGUUGUUUUUACUGCUGAACAGGGAAUGACUGUGUUUCCAAUUCUUGAUGCUUUGGAUCCGCAGGGAUUUAUUAUGUACAGAUUAGUCAGAGAUGCGACUCGUUUUGUCGAUGGUCAUCAUGUAAAAGAUUUAAAUUCCCUCAAUAGAGAUCUUAGCAAAGUAAUUGUUAUCGAUUGGAAUAGUGACAAUGUCAAAUAUCAUCCAGAGAAUGUAUUAAAAAUUCCCCGAUGGUCUGGAAAUGAUGAUGAUACAAGUUUGUAUGAUUUAGCAGCAUUCCUCAAAACAAUUCAUGUUUCACAAGUGGAUGACGUUCGAGACGUUUUAAAUCAUUACAGACAAUUUGAAAAUCCUUUAGAAGCGUUUAGAGAAAAUCAGCGAAAAUUAUUGGUGCAAUUAGAGGAAGAUGAAGCAAAAAUACAACAAGACGGAUCGAAAGCACUUACGACAAAAUGGAAACCAUCUUUUCUAAAAAAUCGUUAGUCAUAAAAAUAAUAAACAUUUGUUUGAAAAAAAUAAUUUCUAUCUUAUUUUAUUUUUUUUAAAUAUUUUUUUUGUUUUUUAAAUACAGAAUUAUAUAUAUAUAUAUUACUUUUAAAUUAAAUUUUUAUAUAAACAAAA